CGUGGUAAAUCCUCCAGGAUCUGUUUCAAAGCCCGUUAGAGGAGCCGGCUUUUAACGCAAGCCUAGCCGACACAGCGCUUCAACCUGGUUGUCUUUCCGUCAAAACCCUCGUGUGCGCUAAGUGCGGCCGUCCAUUUUAAGGAGCUGUGUAUAAGAUCGGAAAGCCCUGCAUGGUGCGAACCCCAUAAUAAGAGGAACCCGACCUCUGCACCUUUUGACUCUCAUGUUUUUACCUGGACAAGCGACAGAGGUCUGAAUCACAAGGGAGAAAUCAGCCCCUGAUCAGAGGAGCGGAGAGGAGGACUGAGGACCGCCGCAUCGCUGCUCCGGAGGAAGGAGAGGCAGCCGGCGGACGUUUGUCCUUGAAACUGCACCAAAACUCUUGGAAGACGCCAGGAACCAGGCGCUGCUCUGCAGGAUGUCAAGCAAGGAACGGCGCAUCGAGUCCAGUUGCCCCUCCUACAUCAAGACCGAGCCCUCCAGCCCCGCCUCCCUGGCAGACAGCAUCAACCACCACAGCCCCGGGGGCUGCUCAGAUGCCAGUGGAAGCUACAGCUCCACCAUGAACGGGCACCAGAACGGCCUGGACUCUCCCACACUGUACGGGCCAGCGGGAGGCCUGGGGCCCAAUGGCGCUGCCAGCAAGCGCUAUGAGGACUGCUCCAGCACCAUCGCCGAGGACACGCAGAUCAAGUGCGAGUACAUGCUCAACUCCAUGCCCAAGAGGCUGUGCCUGGUGUGCGGCGACAUCGCGUCUGGCUAUCACUAUGGCGUGGCCUCCUGCGAGGCCUGCAAGGCCUUCUUCAAGAGGACCAUCCAAGGAAACAUCGAGUACAGCUGCCCGGCCACCAACGAGUGCGAGAUCACCAAACGCCGGCGGAAGUCUUGCCAGGCGUGCCGCUUUAUGAAGUGUCUGACUGUGGGCAUGAUGCGAGAAGGUGUGCGCCUUGACCGAGUGCGUGGCGGACGACAGAAGUACAAGCGCCGGAUAGAUGCCGAGAACAGUCCCUACUUGAACCCACAGCUGGCCCUACCCCCCAAGAAGCCAUAUAACAAAGUCGUCUCCCACCUGCUGGUGGCAGAGCCGGAGAAGAUCUAUGCGAUGCCCGACCCGACUGUCCCUGACAGCGACAUCAAGGCCCUGACAACGCUCUGUGACCUGGCUGAUCGGGAGCUGGUGGUCAAUAUUGGCUGGGCCAAGCACAUCCCAGGUUUCUCCACUCUUUCCUUGGCAGACCAAAUGAGUCUAUUGCAGAGCGCGUGGAUGGAGAUCCUGAUCCUGCGGGUGGUGUACCGCUCGUUGUCCUUUGAGGACAAGCUGGUCUACGCCGAGGACUACAUCAUGGACGAGGACCAAUCGAAACUGGCAGGCCUGCUGGACCUCAACAAUGCCAUCUUGCAGCUGGUAAAGAAAUACAAGAGCAUGAAGCUGGAGAAGGAAGAGUUUGUGACCCUCAAGGCAAUAGCACUUGCUAAUUCAGAUUCCAUGCACAUAGAGGAUGUGGAGGCCGUGCAGAAGCUGCAGGACGUGCUCCACGAGGCCCUGCAGGACUACGAGGCCGGACAUCACGCCGAGGACCCGCGGCGGGCCGGCAAGCUGAUCAUGACCCUGCCACUGCUGCGGCAGACGUCCGCCAAGGCCGUGCAGCACUUCUACAGCAUCAAGCAGGAUGGCAAGGUGCCCAUGCACAAACUCUUCCUGGAGCUGUUGGAGGCCAAGGUCUGACACUGCCCCCUAAAAAUGACGCCCCCCGACCCAUCUCCCCCUCCUGACCUCUACCCCAGUAAGAUGCAGUAGGGUGGGAGAAUCUGCCUCUUCGGCUUUCCUUCCAUGGAGGGCGCUGACAUUUUAUCGCCCACCGGAGGAACUUUGUCAUCAAGCUACGGAAAAAUAACGGCGCGAAAAAAAAAGAAACAACUAACAUUAACAGCAUUCAUUACUACUUACAGCUAUACCACUUAUAACAGAGAUAAAUUCAUAAAACUGUGACUGCACUGAAUGUGAACCAGCUUUUUUGCCCUUUGUUUCUGAUGCAGCGUUUUAUUUUUUGUUAGUUUGUUCGUUUGUUUGAUUGUUUGUUUUAUAAUUUUUUUUUUCUGCGAUCAAAAUGAGAAUUCUGUGACACUUCUGGAGCAGAGGUGAGGAUGAAGCCAGCCCUGCCCAGGAACGGCGAUUCAUUCAGUGGAUGCCAGCGGAGCAUUAACCACAAUGCAGGCCAGUAUCCAUCCACUGAACUACAGGCGUCACAGCGAACGUACUGGCAAAGGACAGAGACGGAACACAGUAUUAGACUCUACGAGUGCAGUUUAGGAAACUUCGUGCAGGUGGAUAUCUGAAGUAACUGCAGCGUUUUUCCAUCCAGUCGGACAGUUGUUGGAUUUGGUAGUGGUUUCCUGUCACGUCUUCCAAGAAAAUUAUAUAUAUAUAUAAUUUCAUGGUGAUCUUUUCAGGGAAAUCUGAAGCUUUAUUCACUCAUGCAAUGUGAAAAAUAUAUUGCUUGAUCGUUUUUCGUUACAUUAAUAGGGAAACGAGGAACAAAAGCCGAAGUCAUAUAUUAAAGGGAGACGUUUCAGAUUUUUAAUGAUAUUUUGUGCGUAAUUAAGAACUUUUGUAUCAGCUUAAUCAAUUUCAGACAUUGUAUCAGUUGUUAAUUGUGAAAAAAAUGUAUCCUUCUACGAGCAAUAGUAAUUACUGAAAAUCUGCAAAUACACAAGUAGGCAAUUUAUGUUUGAUCAAGGUCGGGUUUAAUAUAAUUAAUUUCUCUGGCAUACUGUGGCAGUUUUCAUGACCAUCAACUCUUAGAUUGUAUCUACUCAGUUACAGGUAGAAAAAAACAUAAUAAUUGUAAGCCGAAUCAGAUGAACCAGAAAAAAUGCCCAACAAUUCCAAUGUAAAUCGUAAAAAUAACAAUGUAUUUGAUCUUUAUGGAAUUACAUGUCACAGUAAGUCACCUCCAAGGAAAGCUGUGAUUUCUGAACUUUACAUUUUCCCCCUGUUUUCACAGACCUCCUCAGUUUGCAUGUCUGUUGUAGUAAGUACACAAGGAAUAAUCUAAUAGUGAUGAAAUCUUGAGUAUUGCCUUCUGGGGACAUUCCAGUCAGUAGUCUAAAUAUACUAAAUAAAAAACAUAAUCCGCUCGACACCACAUCACGCAUUGACAUUAACAAGUCUCUUAGUCUCUUUAAUUUCCAAACCUUCCUAACCAUUGUAUAUUGUAAAUUUAUAGACUGUAAAACUAACCUAAGAUAUAUUAAUGGAACAGAGUAAAAGUGAAGAAAAAAUGUAGGUAGGCUAUUCAUUGUGUCUUGUUAUCCGUGCUUUUAUUUUGAAGUUAGUUUUUUUCUCUUUUAUGUUGCAUAAAAAAAAAAAAAACCGAUGUCUUGUAAUUUCCGCGGUGACUCCAGUUCUCGUGCUGUAAGCUUUUUGAAAACACAGGGUAGAAUUAGAGACAGUACUGGAUGUACGAAGCCUCAGGAGACACCGGUGGUGCAUUGUUCUCUAAUAAUCUGCUAAUAAGGCUCUUUUAUUAAUCGCUAGAUCAACACAUCCAGAAAUAUCUCUCUACUGGCUUAUAACUGAGUAACUACUAUUGAAAAGAAUGAAAGAUCAUCUAUAAAAGGAAUCAUUUGUGUAACCAUUUCUUGUAGAUUAACAGUGUACAUCUUAGGUUUAAAACCAAGAAGCAUUUUAAUACUUCUGAACAAUCAGUUGUAUAUUUAUUUAAACAAACAAACAAAAAAAAAAAAAACGCUGUAUAUAGAGCCUUCCAUACUGAUAAGUUAUAUCACAGUUAUAUUAUACUUUGGGGUCUGAAGGUUAUGAAGGACAAAAAAAAAAACCUUUUCUGUUUGGUGCAGGCGAGUUUUAUCUCAAAACUUACCGGGAAAAAAAAAAAGUAUUUUUAAAGGAAGAUUGGGUUUUAGAGAUCUUCUCCUAUGGACGCGUUCUAGAAAUGCUGUGUAUGGACUCCCGUGUUGCUGUAUGAAACAGCAGGGAAGUGGACUGUGAUUCCGUAUGUACUGAUCGUGCAGUGCAUUUUACCGGUUGGUUGUUAGAUCGAAGCCCCCUUCUGCUUGUCAGAAGCUACACUAUUAGAGAAAGUGCUGUUUUUGCUCUUCUUUUGUAUGUUUUUUUUUUGAGGGGGGUUAUUAAGAAACAUGUUUUCAUGUUUGUCUUACUGUUUAACAUAUUUGCUCAAAGCAAAAUUGGAGGGUAGGGGUUAUAAACACUAGGGUUUAAGUGUCUCCAGUGUGGGACCGCCCUGAAUAUCCUUAAUGCGUGACUAGUUAUACUGUAGAUCAACAAUGGUGACCAUACCCUAGCUUGCCUAAUUCCAGAUCUACUGUUACGUUGUUUUUUUUUCUUUCUUUUUCCAGUGAAAAGUAAAUUGAAUCUUCAUUUAAUAAUCAAUUUGGAAUUUAUCAUAUCCUUCACCACGAAGAAUAUUUAAACAAUAAACCGGAUUUUGUUUUGCAGCAAGUUACUGAGGCAGAAAUGGGAGACUGUUCAGCUGAGGUCAGAGCUGAAACAUUCUGCUGACUUUACACCACCUACUGUUUAUCAUACGAAAGGUAUUAUUUAGCCAUAAAAAAAUCAGAAAAACUUUUAAAAAACAUUUUUUUCUUAUAUGAAGCAAUAUGAUUGUGCAACAUGGGGAAGUUGUACUUUGUUGUUUUAUUACAUCAUAAUGCUGUAUUUAUGGAACUAUUUUGCAUUCAAAUUAUAGGAGUAACAAUUAAAUGUAAAAACAACUGCUAUUUUUAUUAUAGAAGAGAUUAUGGGUGCUGUCCAUUGUAUUUAAAUGAUUAACACUUCACUUGCCAGCAAAUCGAAUCCAUCCGUGGCAUGUGAGUUCGUGCAUGAAAGCCAGAAUGGAGGAGUCCCAUGCGAGAAGUUUAAUUGAGAAGUGAAGGUGAAAAAAAAUUUCAAUCCGGGAGACGCAGGAACCAGCAGUGAGAAACCAUGUCAGUAGAUCUAGUUCUGUGCUCUACACCUGUAAAACAAUUACCUGUAUAUUUUUGUGAUGUGUAUCAUAAAGUGUGCGCCAACAAUAUGUCAAUUGUGUAAAUGUAUUUAUUUUACAUUGUAUAUAGUGUUCAAUGCAAAGAGAGGUUGACCUUUCCCCCCACCCCAACUGCAGUCGGUUAAAAUGUGUAACUGCAAUUAUGCCUUUCAGGAUAACAGUAGAGCAAUAUUAAACAAUGCUUCCAAUUUUGAUUUGUC